AUGGUCGACCCGGAUAUCGAAACUGCGGAGGCCAUCGGGCUAUGGUUGGAUGCCAUCACUGGUCGUCUCGCUAUCCCCGAUAAUGAGGUGGGAUGGAGGGCCAUAGACGUCAUGCGUCUCGCUCGGAAGUAUGACUGCGCCACAGUCGAGACUGCCAUCCGCUUACUCCUCUACAAGCAAGUGGAGACGAGGACCAGCACCGUCCCCAUCGUUCUCUUCGGAAGCAUCUUCGAUGAUGCCGACCUCAUCGCCAGGGCGAUCCGAUGCCGGGGCGGCUCCAAGUGGUCCAGGACCCCCCCUCCUGAAGGAGAUGACGGGGUGCUGGGGGGCGAGCAGGUAUUCGACCUAGCCACAUGGCCUUUGGGUCAUGCACGCCGCAUCCCAUUCGAAUACGUUUGGGCAUUGGCGCGUACCCGCAGGCUGGGCGGGACGCACGCAGAGCAGGCAGAUCGGUUCCCGGCGCUGCUAGAACAAGCCAAAGGGUCCUCGGCUACAAAGACAGGGCACAAGAGGAAGGCGGAUGAUGACGAGAAAGCGUAG